CGGCGCUGCCUGCUCCUUCCGCCAGGCCUGCGCCAUGAGGAGCAAGCACGUCAACUUGCUGAUCGCGCUCGUCGCCGGCACGCUGUUCAGCUUCUCCUGCUUCUGCAUCUCCAGGAUGACUCAAAUCAGUAAUCAAUUAAUUAAUUGUAAAAGCCAUGUUUUGGAGUUUAAGGAAAAUAUGCAACGUUUAAAAAACAAAACUGAAAAUAAUAGCCAAGAGAUGAUGAAAGUCUUAAAUAAAGUGAAGCAUGAAAUGACACAGAACGAAAAUCUAUCAAGAAACUUUGUUGUUGAGAAGAAAGUGGGUACGUUGGGUAAGAAUGAAACAGCAUCUGAUACAUUUGAAGACUUAAAGUUUUUUUUACCUCAUCUAAGGAAAGCAGGCAGAAUUUAUCCUGAUGUAAUCAUUGGCAAAGGGAAAACAGGUGUUUCUUUUGCAGUAGGUAUCUCCACUGUUAGCAGAGGAGAGUAUAGUUACCUGAAGCAAACACUGAACUCUGUUGUGUCCAGAAUGACGCUUAUGGAAGAGAAGGACUCUGUGGUGAUUAUCUCCGUUGCAGAUAGUAAUGAAGACUAUUUAAAUUCUGUUGUUAACAUGAUUAAAAAGAAAUUCAAAAGGCAAGUGAUGUCUGGAUCCUUAGAGGUCAUUUCAAUACCAACCUUUUUUUAUCCCAACGUGCUAAAUGCCCAGCAAACAACUGAGGCAUCACAACAUAUCACGAGUCGGCAAGUCAAACAAGUAUUGGAUUUUUGUUUUUUGAUGCUCUAUGCCAAACCUAAGGCCAGGUAUUACUUACAGCUCGAAGAUGAUAUCAUAGCUAAAUAUAUGUACUUUACAAAAAUAACAAAUUUUGUACAUAAUAUCACUAUAAAUAAUUGGUUUUACAUUGAAUUUUCAAUUCUUGGAUUCAUAGGAAAGCUGUUCAGAUCUGAGGACUUACCUGACUUUGUACGUUUUUUUUUAAUGUUCUACAAAGUUAAACCUGUAGAUUUGCUCUUGGAUGACAUUUUCCAGAUAAAGAUGUGCAAGCCACAGGAAAUUUUUAUUAAUGGAUUGAUAUGGUAGCCACAACAAUGGACUCACACAUACUAAGAAUCAUGAAAAUGGCACAGGACUGGGUAACGUUUUGUCUGUUAUACAUAAGGUCACCGUGAGUUGGAGUCAAGUCAAUGCAACCAACAACAGCAACUAUUUUACAGUUAUAAAAUAAUUCUUUAGUAUAUUUUUCUGUGUGUCAGUACUGAAUAGAAAUGCAUUUAAAUAUAGGUGU